CCCGUCAUUCCUCGCUUACAGCAAAUAAACAUGGCCGGUGUCUUGGGUCGCGUAUUCAUUUACGGAGGACGAGGAGCGUUGGGUGCUGCAUGUGUGGCACACUUUAAGGCACAAAAUUGGUGGGUGGCUUCAAUUGAUCUUAAAGCAAAUGAUCAAGCAGAUGCAAACAUACUUGUCAAGCAUGAUGAGAACUGGGUUGAACAGGAAGUAAACGUAGUGACGCAGGUUGGAGCUUUAUUGCAUGGAGAAAAAAUUGAUGCCGUUAUUUGUGUUGCUGGAGGAUGGGCUGGUGGAAAUGCUGCAUCAAAAGAGCUGGUAAAGAAUGCUGAUUUGAUGUGGCGCCAGAGCGUUUGGAGUUCUACCAUUGCAGCUUCAAUUGCAGCACAGUUUCUGAAGGACGGUGGGUUGGUGUCCCUGCCAGGUGCCAAACCAGCACUUGGACCAACUCCUGGUAUGAUUGGAUAUGGAAUGGCAAAGGCAGCUGUUCACCAGCUCACAAAGUCCUUAGCUGCAGAUAAUAGUGGACUUCCACCAAACUCUCUGUCAGUUGCUAUCCUUCCAGUGACCCUCGACACGCCAAUGAAUCGCAAAUGGAUGCCAAAUGCAGACUUCUCAACCUGGACACCACUUGAAUUUGUAGCAGAAUUAUUUCUUCGGUGGAGCAGAGGAGAAGAACGUCCCCCAAAUGGCAGCCUUGUGCAUCUAGUGACAAAGAAUUACACCACGGAACUAUUAUUGGUCUAAAUGGAAACAAAUGCUUCCAUUUAUAAAAGUUUCUGGUGCUGAAUCUACUAUGUAGGGUCCAAGAAUAUGAAGGAAUUUCUAUAUAUAUUAUAUGUAUAUAUAAUUUGUUCAUAAAUGCUUUGUGUUUUUUAAUUGGUGCUUGGGGAAAUUAUUUACUAUGCAGUUAUUAAAUUGAAUAUGUUUAGCUAUUAGUAAGUCUGAAAAUACUCCAAAAUAAAAUGUCACUGUUCUUAUGUAUGUAUGUAUGUAUGAUGCAUUAAUAACCAUGAUGUCCAAUAA